AUGGACUUCUCCGAUGUGCUUGUGGGGCAGACUCUGGCACAGUGGUCCCCCAACGCCAAAUAUGUGGCUGCGGCAGACAAGAACCGCGUCCAAGUGCGUGAGCCCGAUUCCUUGAAGCUUGUCCAAGCUGCUUGGAAUGCACUGGAUGGGCGGAGUGGCAUCAAUGAGGCCCACCUCGGCGUGGAAGGUGGCGAUGGCUUGACGGAGGCGGAGCGGACAGUGGAGAGGAUCGUCGAAGACGUCGACGUUAGCCUCACGAACGCCCCGAAGGCAGAAGCCGAAACUUGGGCCACGGUUUCCAGCGUCAGCCAGAUCGGCCCCACUCUUGAUGACAUUGUGCCACGGGCCUCCGUCAACUACCUCAUCACUACGGAAGGUGCUGCCCCAUCGGACUCGACGGGAGACUACUGGCUGGAAGCCAACCUGUCUGCCAUUGAUGGAUUCAGCUGCAAUGCCUUCACUUCGAAGGUCGACAGGUUGAUGCAGGCGCUGAAGCCGCUGAACCCACCCGAAUUGUUCAAGAUGUACUGCUGGGAGGAGCAGCUGACCAUCCUCAGUGUCCACCGACCUCUGCCCCCCGGUGCGGAUGCGGCGGUGCAGAUGUUUGCGAGGCAUUUGAAGCACAUGAACUACACGGAAUCGACCCUGAUGGAUGCAGAUACGAUGCUGGAGGACAAGGACAGGCCCAUCCUUGAGGAAGUUCUUCAGGGCUUCCGCUUUGAGAUGGAUGUCGCCUUAACGAAGGCUCUCGAGGAGGUCAUCGCGGCGAGACUCACCGAGUACACGCACAGGUACGACUCCUCCCCCUCAGGACCCUCGGUUGACAGGGGCACCUGCGGUGUCGGGGAGAGCCCAUGCAGGUACCACUCGUGGGUGGGCCCGUGCUGCAGCACUCGCAGCUGCCUCGAGCCGACGUCGCCUGAGUCGAACUACCCGCGCUACCAGGAAGAUCAGUGCCUCUUCAACGGUACCGAGUGUUGGGAGUAUUGCAAGGAAAGAUUCCAGAUGAAACAGCAGGCGACCAAGGAGAUGGUCCAGAGUGUCGUGUCCAUGUUCAAGGGAGCCUCCUCAGACCUUCGUUUGUCAUACGACGACAGUAAGCGGCGCGAGCUGCUCCGAACCGUUCCAUUCCUGAACAUGAGCUUCAACGAUGUCGUCGCCAAGCUGUCCGUUCCGCUGGAGCAUGUGAAGAUGUCGAUGAAUGCAGCCCAACAGCCUUGGUUGGGCCCGCUCGCGGAUGUUUUGGAGGGGGCUACCAUUGACUUGGACACGCUGGAUUCUGUGUCGAUCAAGAACCUGCCCGGCGUGAAGGUGCAGAUGACGUUUGCAGACGUUCAUCCAUUCAAAGUGCUGGGAAGCUUGCUUCAGGAUCUCGGCGUGCUGAAACUCAUGCACAAGGCAGCAGAGGCAGAAGAGACACUGCAAAAAGCGGAAGAAGCGGUGGAGGAGGCCGUCCUCAAGGCUGAAGCACCGAUCGAGCAUGUGGUGGAGUCCAUCGAGAGUGAGCUCCCUGAGGUAAUGCCCAGUGAGCAGCAGAAGUUGAUUCCGAUGAAGGCUACGAUUUCGAUGGGCCCUAGUUUGGGCCACUUCGACACUAAUGAAAACGUCUCCUACAUGUUCUUCCAUGGAGACAAGGGGUCCUCCGACCCCUCAGCCGGCUACCGAAUCGAAUUGAACGUCACAGCCACCGACGCAGAGGCCGCCGCUAGCUUCGUGGAGUUGUGCAACGGCCUGCUCGCACGCGCACCCUUGGGCCCCGUCGUUGAGGUCAGGAACGAUGGCAGCCAGGUCAGCAUCUUGAGCCAGCCUUUGCUUCCCCCCAACAAAGCUGCCAUAGAUGCGCAGAUCAAGAUGAUCAUGAGCCACGUCGGUCACUUGACCUUCAACAUGUCGGCGAACAACAACAUCGAGCAGAUGAUGGCGCACCCGGAUGACUCGAUCUGGAAAGAGGCCAAGACCGGAACUCGAAUGAUGUUGGAUGCAACGCUGACGGAAGCCGUCGAGAAGGCCAUCCUCGAUCGCAUCAAGAAGAGGCCCUCAGCACCUUCAAGCUCUUGCGGAAGCAUGGAGGCCCCAUGCUUGGACAAAGAUGAAGGCAUGUGCUGCUCUUUGGCCACUUGCCUUCAUGACGAUGGCUCCUCUGAAGACUCAGAAGGCACUUGGAAAGAUACCCAGUGCCGUUACAAUUUCACCUGUGCGCCCUUGUGCCCAGAGCACCAGGUGGGCCACGACUAUUCCCAGGCACUGGCCGAGAAGCUGGUGCAGCUCUUUGCAGGUGGCUCUAUGGAUGUGCGCGUGGCCUAUGACGAGGAGAUGGUCCAGGGUCUCAUGGCCUCUGUUCCCUUUCUCAACAUGACCUUCCGGAGUUUGCAAGACAUGUACAGGCUCAAUGCGCAGCAGUAUCACCUCGAGAACUUUGCGGGGCACCCGCUGGCUGCACUGGGCGUGGAGCUUCUCAACGCCACGAACAAGUACCUGGUGAGCGUCGAGUCCGUGGAGGUCAAGAACCUCCCGGACGAUAUCAAGAUCAUGAUCAAGUUGGACAACGCAAAGCCCUUUCAGUUCAUGUUCGCCCUCGCCGAGGGCAGCGGCAUCCUUGGGAUCGAGUGGUCGCCAGAUUCGCAGUUUCUGCUCACGGAGGUUGCGCGGCAAGGUCUGCUUCAGAUCUGGAGCCUCAGGGAUAGCGAAUGGACCUGCCGAAUCUACGAAGGUCUCGCAGGCAUUGCCCAUGCUCGAUGGGGACCUGGCACAGAUCGGGUGCUCGUGGCCGUGGACUUCCAGCUGUAUUUAUCAAUCUGGCCACUGCAGGAGGGAGCCUCUGCCGUUCAGAUUCGAUACCCGAAAUUCCCACGGCGCGGCUUUGCCUUCAGUCGGGAUGCUUGCUGGCUGGCCGUCCUCCGGCGGAAAGACUGCAAGGAUCGGUUGGGCAUCUACAAUAGCGAGGAAAGCUUCUCGCGCCUCACUGAUGUGGCCAUUGCUGGCGAUGCUUCGGAUCUUGCGUGGGCACCGGAUGACAACACGCUUCUCGUUUGGGAGCGCGCCGCAUCAUCGCCCUGGUGUCGGAUGUACUCGCUGGCUGGUGAGUGCCUGGCACAGGUCGGAGACGCGUUGCCAAGGUCCGUUGCACCAUCGCCCUCAAUGCAGCUGCUGGCGGCCUUGGGCCUCGACGGGCAGCUGCAGCUGUUGAGUGCCGUGAGCCGACACAUCCUCACCAACCUGCCCCACAGCCUUGUGGAGGCAAUCAUGCAGCGUGACGAUGGCGAGGUAUUCCUGUGGGAGGAAUAUGUCGAACUGGCCGACGGCAGUCCAGAUGCAAAGCGAGGCUACAACAGAAUACAGCUGCUGACCAUCGGCCUCUUGGCGGCCCUCUUCGUGUGGAACACGGCUUUCCUCCAGGUCGAGGCACCGACGCCCAAGCAGGCAGUCCCGGUCGCCGCAGCAGCAGCGUUGUCAGCAGCUCCCUUGCCAGCCCUUGCGGGCGAGCCUCCAAGCGUGGGCAUUCACUGGUACUGGGACCUGGGCAUCGGCACGAUCCACGGCGAGACCGCCAGCAUUAUCAUUUGGGUGUUCCUGGUCUGCACCAUCUUCGCUUUGGCCGGAGCCGGUGGCAGCAGCCGCAAGAGUGCGGCGUAG